ACGGCCUCCAUCGCUGGUGACCUGGACGAGGCUGCAACCGUUGAACCGCGAUGCUCACUGCUGCUGAACGAGGGCGGGAUGCACCGCCGGCCACCGUUCCCGACUGCGCGUCGGCUCGGCGGUCUGGGACUCUCGGGAACGGUCGCUGAGUCAGUCGUCGGAAAGCCUCCAACUUGGAGCUACAUACCCACCACGUGGGGGCAAACCGGUUUGCAAAUGCGUGCCGGAAAAAAAAAGCAAUUCUCGGUGGCUUGCUGGUCCGGUGUCAAAUUUCGCUAAGGCUACCACUGGUAUUCGGUGGAAGACGAGGGGAUGGCUGCGGAGUCCUUGCUGCCGUGGAGUUGAUUACGCGCCAAAGGAUCGUUAAAUUUUUCAAUUGAUCUUAAAAUGCCCAGCGUAGUUCCUCAUCAAUUGCUGCGAAUUCCACACCUGACUGACCCUUCCACUUCUCUUUCAUGCCGACUCGAGUGUGCAACCGAAUAAGUGGUCUGUCGAUCAUGCAGCCAAUGCCGAAUAAAGAUGAAGUUUGCAAAGGAGCUGGAACAAGAACUGGUCCCAGAAUGGCGGGCCAAAUACCUGGACUAUAAGCUAGGUAAGAAAAAGAUCAAAGCCAUUGCCCGUGCGCUCCGGGCUCUCGAACAGGCGCCCCGGACUCCAGGUCGUCGUGGUUUUAUACUCUCUGGAAAUGAUUCUCAUACGCCUCGCAUCGGGCGCCCUGGUCUCCUUCAGCUUGUCUCGUAUCGUGGAACGCAGUCGAAAGGUCCCUCCGAUAACUGUAGAAGUAAUGAGGAGGGCGACGCGCAACAGAUUACCAGUUAUUUCCAGCCUCAUGUUGCGGUCCUACCCGAAACACGGCCGCUGAAGAGCCCUACUUCGCGGUUUGCAGACCACACUGCCGGUUAUGGCAGCAUUGUGACUCCAAAAUCCAAUGCUACUCGGUCAACUGGCCUUCCAUCUCUGGAGCUUCCGGACCCCGCCCUAGAUCCCAAUGAGACAAGUUUUCCUUCCUGUAGUCAAAUGUUCAGCGGAGGUUCCCUGAGCUCUGGUGAAAACCCCACUGCAGGGCGGGGCCGGGGUCAAAACGGCAAUAUUCCUCCCAGCAUACUUCCGGGGCCGAGAAAUGUGUUCAGACCCAGGAGCGGUUCUCUUCCUGUUCGACCUCGCGCCCGGAAAGGUUCAUUCUUGCAGCGUAUAUUUACGUCGAUGGACCAUGAAUCUCCGGCUGCGGAUCCACCCGCAGAAGCGUUCUUUGAGCUGAGGAAUAGGGAAAACGAGUUUUUCUAUUUUCUGGACUCGGAGCUCGCUAAAAUAGAGUCUUUCUAUAGAGUGAAAGAGGAAGAGGCCACGGAUAGACUUGGAAUGCUUAAGCAACAGCUUCAUGUGAUGCGUGACAUGAGACUCGAGGAGCUAAGGACCAAGGCCAGGUCACGACACCAGCGAAAGUCCACCGGCACCGCAAAUAAUGACAACAAUGACUCGAGUGCCGCGGCGAGAUGGAAGAAACCGCUGAGCAGAUCAUUAACUACCUCGUCUAAAUUUGCCAAAAUCUCAAAGGAAAUGGAUGAGUUACCUACACCUGGAUCCACUCUACACAGAUCUCAUGGGCCCGAGGGCUAUAGGGACUUUGUUCGCAGUCAGGAGCGCGAUGUCCCAUAUAGAUCAGCCAAAGGAAAGCUCAAAGUGGCUUUGCUCGAGUUCUACCGGGGACUGGAAUUAUUGAAAGCAUAUGCAUACUUAAAUCGAAAAGCCUUUAGGAAAAUGAACAAGAAAUAUGACAAGGUAACUAAUGCGCGGCCAACUGGGAGAUAUAUGUCCGAAAAGGUCAAUAAGGCUUGGUUUGUCCAAAGCGAUCUUGUCGAGAACCACCUCGUAGCAGUCGAGGACUUGUAUACUCGAUAUUUUGAGCGUGGCAACCGGAAGGUUGCUGUCACCAAACUUCGUGGCAAGACCAGAAGGUCACAGGAUUACUCUCCCAACUCCUUCAGAAACGGACUCUUGUUCUCUGCCGGGCUAGUAUUCGGCAUCCAAGGGUUGGUCCAUGCUGUUGGACACCUCUUUAAUAAUGACGACGACGAUGAUGAUUUUGAUGACAUACGUGUUCGAACAAGCUAUCUACUUCAGAUCUACGGUGGAUAUACUCUGAUCUUACUUCAUUUUAUAUUCUUUUGUCUAAAUUGCAGAAUCUGGACGCUUUCAAAGAUCAACUAUGUUUUCGUGUUUGAAUAUGAUACCCGACACGUUUUAGAUUGGCGUCAGCUUGCGGAGUGGCGCCUGAUGCUAGCCGGCUUGUACCCCGUGGAAUUUCGAGAUUUCUUUCUCGGAGACAUGUAUUGUUCGCAAACAUAUGCUAUGGGCAAUCUGGCAUUAUUCUUGUGUUUAUAUUCUGCCGGCUGGUCCGAUCCUGCCCACUGCAACUCCUCUCAUUCUCGGGCGAUGGGAUUCCUGACAACGGUUCCAUCCAUAUGGCGUGCAUUGCAGUGUCUUCGACGUUAUCGAGAUACCAGGAAUUGGUUUCCGCACAUCGUCAAUCUUGGCAAAUAUUCGUUUUCUAUUAUGUACUACAUGACCCUGAGCCUGUACCGGGUCAAUAAAGUCGAAAGUCUUCGCGCCACUUUCAUAGCAUUUGCCCUUGUGAACGCCAUAUAUUCCUCAAUUUGGGACGUUGCCAUGGACUGGAGCCUUGGAAAUCCGUUUUCAAAAAAUCCGCUUUUACGAGACUUCCUUGGGUUCCGAAAACGUUGGAUAUACUACGCAGCGAUGGUCGUCGAUCCAAUUCUUCGAUUCAACUGGAUCUUCUACGCCAUAUUCACACAUGAUCUCCAGCAUUCUGCAAUCCUCAGCUUCAUCGUCUCUUUGUCUGAGGUUUGUCGGAGAGGAAUAUGGUCUAUUCUUCGCGUUGAAAACGAACACUGCACAAACGUUUGCCGAUUUAGAGCAUCUAGAGACGUCCCGUUACCCUAUGAUAUACCUACGCAAGCGUCCGUUGAGCACAUGCAACAACCGAAUGCAGCCCAACAACGGGUUGACGGAUCCCCCAUUGCUCGUGUACCGUCCACCAGGCCAGCCACAGGCACCGACGUUGAGCGUCUGGGCGCUGAUGGACUCACCGGUGUGCGGCGCCGCCGUGGAUCGCACCGUUCCGAAAUGCACGUGCCAAGUGGAACGCUCGCGCGCAUGGGAUCGAUACUAGCGAAUGCCCACGCGGAAGAUUUUGAACGGAGAAAGAGGCCCGGUGUCGUUGGCCGCGCGCUCGAUCACGAUGCGGAGCAGGUUCCGGCAGAUGAAACGGGCCGUGGUCCAGACGUGCAUCGGAGGGAUAGUAGUACGGAUGAGGAGGAAGAAGAGGAUGAGGAGAGUGUGAGUGUGGAGAAUGACAUCAACGCCCUAGAUGAUCCGUGUCGUACGAGCAUGCGAAGCGGAAGUAUGUUUGACGACGACGACGAUGAUGAUAAUGGAGGGUUGAGGAAUUAAGGUUUGGAUUCGAUCCCCUCUCCUGGUUUUUUUUCGUUCCAAACCGUUUGGGUGUGGUUGUGGUUUCUCUUGACGCUGGCUGCGCGUUCUGCAAAGCCUUGAGACUUCAAUAAAUGCAUUAUUUGAAAGUCCUCCUGAAGCCUGGAGGCCAUCGAAUGUACAUAGAGACGAUAUCUAUAGAGAUACACUGCUUGACGAAUAAUGUAUGUAAUUAAUGUCCGUACCGAUGCAGUUGAUAACUGGAAU